CGGGGGACCCGACACAAGAUCGGGGACCCGGCGGCGGCUCCGCGGGGAAACAGCGAGACUGGCGCAGCGCCGAGGCCGGGGCCCUGGGGGCCCACAAUCCACGCCACGGAAUCCCCGAGUGAGCCGGAAUGAGCGCAGCCACUGCCCAUCACAGACGGUGAAGAAACUCCUGGAAGAACAGAGGCGCCGCCAGCAGCAGCCUGACGCUGCUGGGCUACCGGGACAGUUCCCGCUUCCCCUGGCCCAGCCUCUGGCUCCAUCUGUGAAUGAAGGUGAAGCUAGCCAUACUCACUUCCCAGCACACCAGGAGACUGUGGGUUCUGGACUUGGCAGCCUGGCCCCCUCCACGGGCUUUCCAGACUGGAACCCCAACACGCAUGCUGCCUACACAGACAGCCACUACUCUUACCCUGCUUCUGCUGCUGACGUUUUCCUGGCUCCUGACUUCUACCCACCCUCGGACCCAGGGCGGCCGUGUCCGUUUCCCCCGGGGAUGGAGGAGCCCCUGGAUACCCGGCUCUAUGUAGACCCUUCCCUGCCACAGACGGGAUCCUGGAGAGGUUCUGGACUCCCCUCAGGACCCCCACAGUUGCCCCCUGUGGUCACCGGACCAUCCCUGGACACUGCCCGUGCUCACAUGCUGGCUUUAGGGCCACAGAACCUGCUGGCCCAGGAUGAGGAGGGAGACACGUUCCUGCACCUGUUUGCGGCUCGGGGGAUGCGCUGGGCAGCAUACGCUGCAGCUGAGCUGCUCCAAGCUUACAGACAUCUGGACAUUCGUGAGCAUAAGGGCAAGACCCCUCUCCUGGUGGCUGCUGCUGCCAACCAGCCCCUGAUUGUGGAGGAUCUACUGAACCUGGGAGCUGAACCCAAUGCCACUGAUCAUCAAGGACGUUCUGUCUUGCAUGUGGCCGCUACGUAUGGGCUCCCAAGGGUCCUCUCGGCUGUGAUUAACUCAGGGGUUCGCGUUGACCUAGAAGCCAGAGACUUCGAGGGCCUCACUCCACUCCACACAGCCAUCCUGGCCCUCAAUGUUGCUAUGCACCCUCCUGACCUAUGUCCCACGGUGCUGAGUACCCAGGCCCAAGACAGGCUGGCUUGCGUCCAGAUGUUGCUGCAGAUGGGUGCUGACCACACCAGCCAGGAGAUCAAGAGCAACAAGACUGUUCUGCACUUGGCCGUGCAGGCUGCCAACCCUACUCUGGUUCAGCUGCUGCUGGAGCUGCCACGGGGAGACCUGCGGGCCUUUGUCAACAUGAAGGCCCAUGGGAAUACAGCCCUCCACAUGGCGGCCGCCCUGCCCCCAGGGCCGGCCCAGGAGGCCAUUGUGCGGCGCCUGCUGGCAGCUGGGGCGGAUCCAACACUGCGCAACCUGGAGAAUGAGCAGCCUGUCCACUUGCUGCGGCCCGGGCCGGGCCCCGAGGUGCUCCGGCAGCUGUUGAAGAGGAGCCGUGUGGCAACCCCAGGCCUGUCCUCUUAGGACUCAAACCCAGAACCUGGACUGAUUUUCCAGUCCCCACCGUCCUGUGGGACAGCCAGCGUAUGCUAAUGUUGCAAAUCCAUGAUAAUGUAUGUGGAAUGUCCUGCCAUUGGGGUCUUACAUUAAAACCCCACAAUGGCUGCUGGGGGGUAAACAGUCCCCAAUAUUUGGGGUGGUAUGUUACCCCUCCCCCACCCACAAGGGGCCCCUUUGAUGAUUUCUGUGAAAUUGAGGCCCCUUGAUUGUUUCUGUGAAACACCCUGGACCCCUAACCCUUUCCCCACCGGGAUUUUUUGGGAUCCCCUCCCCUAACUCAGUUCUUUACGCCUGGAACCCCACAUGUAAUUCCCCUGCAUGGUACUUGGGUUACUCCUAAACAGCUUCCAGUACCAUCCCAGUAGAGCUCCUAAGAUGACCCCCUUAACCUCCCCAGGACCCGCUCCCUUCAGGUCCUUAGCCCUAAAACAGGAAAGCCUCUCCUGGGUUAGGGUCCCCUAGGUCCUACUGCUUCUUAAUUCAGAACCCAACCAGGCCCCUGUCCCAGAACUCAGUAUUUCCAGUGAAUCCCUCCCCUGUCUGAAAGCCUCUAUUAAACUCAAUUUGAACUAGA